AUGACUCGAACUCGACAAACUCGAGGAAUACAACAUACUACAACCACCAAUUCUAUUUCUGCAUCAACCUAUGACGAUCUUGACGAAGAUAUCGAUGGAAAUGGGAUUGAAAACGAUCAAAGAAUGGACGAAGGUGAAGUUGAACACGAUGUAUCAAUGAACGAUGAUGAAGAAAAAGUCAAUGAUGGUACUGUUAUCGAUAACGUUAUUACUAAUGAUACUCAAAAUGGUGCAAAGAAGUUGAAAUCAAAUGUAUGGCAGUAUGUAGAAAAGCUUAAAAAUGGAACGGCUAAAUGUUUCAAAUGUAAAUCUUAUAUUAAGACCGCUAAUGGUGCAACAUCUACAUUAAGAAAGUAG